GACACAGAGACAAAGACUGUUUUGAACGCCGGCGCGAAGAAAGAAAUUGAGUACUUGGCUCGGCACGGCCGUCCACUGCUCCCGUUCAACCGCAUGCUAAGAGAGACUUUCAAUCUGGAAAAGCAAGAACCUGCAAUUCAUCUCGACAGCCUUCAAAAGUAUCUGAGGAUCUCCGAAGCACUCAUUCCCAGCGGAGAAGCCCUUGUCCGACCAGUCAUCAGGCAUCCUGACCUGCGACCCAGCAACAUCUUCGUUUCAGACGACUACGAGAUUACAUCCUUGAUCGACUGGCAAAACGCUACAAUCCUCCCUCUAUUUCUGCAAUCCGGACCUCUCGAUGACUUCGACAGCUCAGGUUCAGCCUCACGCCUGGAGACGUCCCAACGCCCUCCAGGUCUUGCUGCUUCGAAUGAAGACAGUCGACUGGAACAGCUCGAGCUUUUCAGCAAGCAACAGCUUCAUCACCUCUACAUGACAGAAACAUCGAAGAACAAUCCCACGCACUACGAAGCGUUGUCAAUUCCUUUUGCCGUAGGAAGACGGAAGACCUACGACCUGUCCAGUGCCCCGUGGCAAGGCGACAACGUUCCGCUGCGGUCAAGCCUCAUUUUUCUGAAGCAGCAAUGGUCUCAGCUGGUGACCGCGGCUAAUACGCCAUGUCCAAUCACCUUUGCUGAGGAGGAAGAGCGGGAAUAUUUUCGCCUCGAUGAUCUCGAGCAAGAGGCCACGGAACAGUUGAAAGGCUCUAUGGAGAUGCUCGGUCUGGGUCCAGAAGGGUGGGUAUCAAAUGACAAGUACGAGGCUGCCACAGAAGCCAUUGCCCGGAUGAAGGAAAUGUGUCUUGAACAGGCGGACACCGAGCUUGAAAGGGUCGCAAUAAGAGACCAUUGGGUCUAUGACGAUCUAGAAGAAGAGGAGUAUCUGUAG